CGACGAUCAGAGUAACGGAUUUUUUCUCAUGUGAGUGCACGAGACGCUGACGCCGUGGGGCCAGCGGACGACGACGUGGAGGUGCUGAUCUCCGCACCUUGGUUCGAAUUCAGGCGACAGAUCUGGGCCUUAAUGGGCCCAAAUUUGAUGUUGAAGGGACUCUAGAUAAGGGGGCAGUUAGGGUUCCAAAAUUGAACAGAUAUAGGAGAGGAGAUAGACAGGAGAAGAGCAGAAAUCGAGAUGGGAAAAAGAAGUAGUCGACGUCGACCUACUCGUUCGACGGGGAUCAUGCCCGUGCAGCGCCACCGGAAGCGGCGGCGGCAAACCGGAGGACCCUGGAGAAAACCUCCUUUCUCUCAACUGAAUCGGCUCAAGCAGCGGCAGCGCCGGCGCCGGCGCCGGCGCCAAAUCGGAGCCCUAAGUAACCCUCCUUUCUCUGAACUGAUUACGUGUAAGCAAGAUGAGGGUGGCGAUUCUCGAGCUGGAAAAACAACGAGAAGCUGUAUCCCACACCUUCCUGAGGACAUUUGGCAUCACAUACAUUCCCUAAUGCCAAUGCAUGAUGCCGCUCGUGCUGCUUGUUUGUCUAAAGCAUUUUUAUGUUUCUGGAGACGCCAUCCCAACCUCAUUUUAACUAAGGAUACAAUUGGUUUGAAUGCGAGUGCCUGUGGAGGGAACUUUAGCCGCAAAAUUGACUAUGUUCUGAAGAACCACUCAGGCAUUGGCGUGAAAAUAUUCAGGCUUGAAUAUGUUGGUGUUGUGGGUUUCGAUGCUAGUCGUUAUCUUGAAAGUUGGUUUCAGCUUGUUAAGCCAGGGAUUGAAGAACUGACUCUUAAGCUGUGUAAAACUGAAAGAGAGUACAACUUUCCAUGCUCACUUUUAUCAUCUGAUGAUGGGAUUCAAAAUUCAAUUCGUCUCCUUAACCUUUCCUUCUGUGCCUUUCAUCCCACAGCUGAACUCAGCCCUUUGCGAAGCCUUACAGGCCUGCGUUUGAGUCACGUGAAUAUCACAGGGAAAGAAUUACAGUGCUUUCUUUCCAAUUCUCCUGCGUUGGAGCAGUUGCACCUUUUCAGUUGCAUGGGGAUAAUCUGCUUGAAAAUACCUUGCUCUCUGCAGAAGCUCAACUACCUUUGUGUUUUUGGAUGCUUCAACCUGAAAGUAUUAGAGAACAAAGCUCCAAAUCUCUCCGGUUUUUACCUUAGAGAAGAGAGAAGGUUAAAGCUCUCACUCGGAGACACAUCGCAUAUGAAGAAGCUAAACAUGGAACAUAUGAAUCUUGCACAUUAUGUUCGUGCUGUGCUGCCCCCCAUUAUGCCCAAUCUUGAAACUCUUUACAUAAGUUCGGGGGGUGAGGUGAUCGAUACACCAAUGCUACCUACCAAAUUUCUCUACCUCAAGCACCUUACCAUUUGCUUUCCAUCAGGAUUGACAUUUUCACCAUCCUACGAUUAUUUUUCUCUGGUUUCUUUCCUUGAUGCUUCUCCUUCCUUGGAAACUUUUAUCUUGGAUAUGUAUAGGCCAUGCAUGAAGCAGCAGGAAUCAGUUUUCAAGAAAUCUCCAGAUUGGAGGCAAAUUCCUGAAAAUCGUCAUGACAACCUCAAGAGUGUGAAGAUCACUGGUUUCAGCUCCGCAAAGAGCUUGGUUGAGCUAACAUAUUAUAUUCUCAAGAACAUGGUGUCACUCGAGUCUCUUACAUUGGACACCAUUUAUGGUAAUCUUAGGUGUUACCUAAAACCUUUUGUAAGGUGUGAUCCCAUGAGCGAGGAUACUCUCAUGGAAGCCCCAAGAGCACUCUCUGCUAUCAGGACGUACAUUGAAAAUAAAGUUCCAUCUACGGUGAAGUUAACGGUUCUGGAGCCCUGUAGUCAGUGUCAUGCAAAAGGAUUAAAACGUAUAUUAUGCUAAUCGUGCAAUGUAUAAUCAUUCCAAUUUAACUAGAGAGGUGUGCCAUCGGUUCAUCCAAAUCGGUGUAAUUUAUUAAGGGUGAGAUAUGAAAUGGUGAAGUCACCCUUUUUUCUCUAAUCUCUUAUUAAAGAGAGGUGUGCCAGUGGUUCACCCAGAUCGGUGUAAUUUAUUAAGAAUUAGAUAUAAAAUGGUGGAGGCAAUGCGAGG